AUGGCAGCAAAAGGGAGUAAGGUGGGGAUGAAGCUUCAGGCGGAGAUCUACGUGCUGACCAAGGAGGAGGGCGGGCGGCACACGGUUCUUUUGAGGCGCCUCAAAAACCAUUCAGAAGUUCCAAGCGGAGAUCUACGUGCUGACCAAGGAGGAGGGCGGGUGGCACUCGGUUCUGUGUGCGCUUCACCAUAUGCACACUGCCUUUCCACCCCUCCACCCUUGUGCGCUCAUUCGCACUGGUGUUCCUCCCUCCUGCUGCUGUUCGUCACUCUGAUGCUGCAGGCGGGAGACAAUAUUGUGCUGUUGAUGCGAGGACUGAAGAGGGAAGACGUGCAGCGAGGGCAGGCGGGAGACAACGUGGGGCUGCUCACGAGAGGGCUGAAGCGCGAAGACGUCCAAAGGGGGCAAGUCGCGUGCAAGCCGGGGCCGAUCAAGACGUCUCAGAAGUUCCAAGCAGAGAUCCACGUGCUGACCAAGGAGGAGGGCGGGCGGCACUUGCUGCCAAACAAACACUUCCAACCUGUUUGUGCUUGCCUAUCCACUUCCCCAUCCCUUGGGUCGCAGGCAGGAGACAAUGUGGGGCUGCUGAUGCGAGGAUUGAAGCGAGAAGACGUCCAAAGGGGGCAAGUCGCGUGCAAGCCCGGGUCCAUCAAGACGUCUCAGAAGUUCCAGGCGGAGAUCUACGUGCUGACCAAGGAGGAGGGCGGGCGCCACACGGCCUUCUUCUCCAACUACCGCCCGCAGUGCUAUCUGCGCACCGCUGAUGUCACCGGCAAGGUGGUGCUGCCGGAUGAAGUCAAGAUGGUCAUGCCGGGGGAUAAUGUGACUGCCACCUUUGAGCUGCUGUCCCCCGUUGCCAUCGAAGCGGGCCAACGCUUUGCUCUACGAGAGGGUGGUCGCACCGUGGGUGCUGGCGUGGUGGCUAAACUGCUGGAUUGA